AUGCAGAAACUCCAUCUUGGGAGGAGCGAGCUGCCUAUGGACGUGAUUGAAGAAUAUCUAGACUCGCUGCGGGGAAUCUACACGGUCGAGGCCUACGACUUGUGGAGGCACAACUGUAACAAUUUCUCAAACGACUUCGCCACGUUUCUCUUGGGCAAAGGCAUCCCUAGCCAUAUCACCAACAUGCCUCAGGCUGUUUUAGAUUCGCCGUUUGGCCAGAUGAUCAUGCCCACACUAACACAGCAAAUCAACGCCAACAAGCGCGGAGGCAACAUUCUCGGCAUCGAGCAGCAGACCCCGGGCAGCUCGGUCAAGCCUCAGUCAGAGCUCCACCGGCCUCUCGGAAAAGUCCACACUGUCUCGAGCCUAGGGCAACUCGAUGAGCUAUUAGGAAAGUUCGAUAAAGCGUGCGCCGUCGUUUUCUUCACUUCGGCCACGUGCCCUCCUUGCAAAACCCUCUAUCCACUCUAUGACGAGCUCGCGGGCGAGAUCGGGGAGAGAGGCGUCCUGAUCAAAGUUGAUACUUCGCAAGCCUUUGACGUUGGCAGCCGGUACUCCAUCUCGGCGACGCCGACGUUUAUUACCUUUUUAAGAGGCCAGCAGGAGAACCGCUGGAGCGGUGCGGACCCGAGUGCGUUGCGAGGCAACGUGCAACUCCUCGUUCAAAUGGCAUGGCCACCACACCCGCACCAAGCCCUCAACCUACCGACCUUCUCCAAUCCCAGUGCCGAUUACGUUACCUUCGCCAACUCCCCACCGCUGCCGAAGCUCCUCGCCAAGAUGGGCACAACUGCCGCCCAUCCAGCAGUACAGAGCAUCAAGGCCUUCAUCGAGUCCCGCUCCUCCGACGGACCGGCCGAGACGACCCUCCCCGACCUAGCCGCCUUCACGUCCCUCGUCCGCUCGUCUCUAACCACGCUCCCCACCGACCUCCUCUUCACCAUCGUCGACCUCCUCCGCUGCGCCCUCAUCGACCCGCGCGUGAGCGGCUACCUAGCUGAGGAACAGCCCGUUCCCCACCGCACCAUCACCUCCAUCCUCACGCACGUCACCACCACGCUAUCCCCCACCACCUGCCCGUACGCCCUGCGCCUGGUCACCCUCCAGCUCUCCUGCAACCUCUUCACCACUCCGCUCUACCCGCCCGAGAUCCUGGCCUACCCGCCACUGCGCACCGCCAUCACGCAGCUGCUCUCAUCCAGCUUCCUCGACGACGCCCACACCAACACGCGCGUCGCAGCCGCCGGCCUGCUGUACAACGUCGCCCUCGCCAACAGCAGGAAGCGCCGGGGCGGGCCCGGCGACCUGCUGCCUGAGCACGACCAGGUCGAGCUGGCUGCGUCCGUGCUCGAGGCGAUUACGCAGGAGGAGACGUCCGUGGAGGCGCUGGAGGGUAUGUUGCUGGGUCUGGGCUGGCUGGUGUACUGCGCGCCGUUGGACGGGGAGGUGGCGGAUCUGUUGAGGAUUAUGGAGGCGGGUGGGGUGGUGCUGGGGAAGGGGAAGGGAGAGGGCGUCGGGAAGGGGCUGGGGUUGCGCAUCACAGCGACCCACGCCUGGCGCAACCUCGAACAACGCUUCCGAGACGUCGUCGGCGAUAUCCAUGACACCUUGAUUGGCAUUUCGCUGGACCCGCGCCUGAUGCCGAACUCUGCAGGUUACCUCGACGUCGCCCAGCGGCACGUCCACUCGGGCGCGAGCACGCCUUCGUUGCGAUCUCGCGAUGGCACCGUUCCGCCGCAUGCCCGGGUCGAUGGGGGUGGGAAUGUGAGGGUUGUCGUGAGAGUGCGGGCGUUUCUGCCGCGGGAAAUCCAUCGCGAAGCAGAAUGCCUCAUCCAUAUGGACCCGAUCUCGCAGCAGACAACACUUCUAGUACCCAAUGACUUCGACCCGGCCAAUGCACGCGCGCGCUCGCGCAAAGUCCUGGAGGAAAAGUCAUUCACCUUCGACAAUAGCUUCUGGAGCCACGACCCAGAAGACGAGCACUAUGCGACACAGGAAGAUGUCUACGAUAGCUUGGGCGAGGAAUUCCUAGACCAUAACUUUGAGGGGUACCACACAUGCAUCUUCGCCUAUGGCCAGACAGGCUCUGGCAAAUCUUACACCAUGAUGGGCACGCCAGAUCACCCGGGUUUGAUACCACGGACAUGCGAGGACCUGUUCGAGCGCAUUGCGGCGGCCCAAGACGAAACACCCAACAUCAGCUACAACGUACGCGUCUCCUACUUCGAAGUCUACAACGAGCACGUCCGCGACCUCCUCGUCCCCAUCAUCCCGCACCAGCCCCCAUACUACCUCAAAAUCCGCGAGUCUCCCACCGAGGGCCCCUACGUCAAAGACCUCACCGAGGUUCCAGUACGCAGCUUGCAUGAGAUCAUCCGGUACAUGCGCAUCGGCGACAACAACCGCACGACGGCCAGCACCAAGAUGAACGACACCAGCUCGCGCAGCCAUGCCGUUUUCACCAUCAUGCUCAAGCAGAUUCACCACGACCUCGAGACGGACGAAACCACCGAGCGCUCCAGUCGUAUCCGCCUAGUCGAUCUCGCGGGCUCCGAGCGCGCCAAGUCCACCGAGGCCACCGGCCAGCGCCUGCGCGAGGGUAGCAACAUCAACAAAUCCCUGACCACGCUCGGGCGGGUUAUCGCUGCGCUCGCCGAUCCCAAACAGCAACGCCGGCCAGGCAGCUCCCGCAAGGACAACACCGUCGUGCCCUACCGCGACAGCAUUCUGACCUGGCUACUCAAAGACUCACUCGGCGGCAACUCCAAAACGGCCAUGAUCGCAUGCAUCGCCCCACUCCGAACUACGAAGAAACGCUCUCCACGUUCCGUUACGCCGACUCAAGCCAAGCGGAUCCGCACGCGGGCGGUGGUCAACCAGAUCGACGCCGUCUCGGCUGCGGAGCGCGACGCGCAGAUUUCAGGCGAUGGAGGCAGGAGAUCCGGGCGCUGCAGCUCGUGGUGGGCGACUCGCGGCGCCCGCGAAAAAGACGCGCGCGAGGCCGAGGAGCGCCUCGAGGAAUACCAGGCCCGCGUCCGCGGCCUCCAGCUCUCCAUGGCCGAGCGCUCCCUCUUCGCCGAGGGCUAG